ACCCUUCUAGGCUUCAACCUCCACGAGAACGCCCGCGCGGGGGAGGAGAGGAGAGCGACGAGACUGAGGUGACGCGCGCCGCGUCGUCGUCUCGUCGCAGUAAAAAAAAAAAACAGCAGGGGAGGAGCCCGCACAUGCUUUAAGCCCCACACUCCUCACACCACCACCGCCCCCCAGAUCUCCCCACCACCUCCGCUCCUCGCUUCCCAAUUGCCGGCGGCCGGACGGACGCCGACGCGCGCAUUCCGAGGGGAGGCAGGCGGCGCGCGAGAUCGGCGGGGGGUUGCGCGCUGCGGCUGGCUGUACUGUACCUACCUGCCUACCGGUGUGGUGGUGUGGUGUUGGUGCCGUGUCCGGGGAUGAUGGCGGCGGGUGGCGGCGCCGGGAGCGCAAGAUCCGUCGCGUGGGGCGCCUCCGCGCUGCUCGUGGCGGCGCUGCUCCUCUCCGCGCCGAGCGCCACAGAAGCUUAUGAUUCGCUGGAUCCAAAUGGGAACAUCACAAUAAAAUGGGACGUUAUGCAAUGGACUCCUGAUGGUUACGUUGCUGUAGUCACAAUGUUCAAUUAUCAACAAUUUCGGCACAUCCAGGCACCUGGGUGGCAGCUGGGGUGGACAUGGGCGAAGAAGGAGGUCAUUUGGUCGAUGGUUGGAGCACAGACCACUGAGCAGGGUGAUUGCUCAAAGUUCAAGGGCAACCCACCCCACUGCUGCAAGAAAGAUCCCACGAUUGUUGAUCUGCUUCCAGGCACCCCAUACAACAUGCAAAUUGCCAAUUGCUGCAAAGCAGGAGUUAUAAAUACAUUUAACCAGGACCCAUUAAAUGCUGCUUCAUCCUUCCAGAUCAGUGUAGGUCUUGCUGGGACUACAAAUAAGACAGUUAAGCUGCCUAAGAACUUUACUCUUAAGGCCCCAGGUCCUGGGUACACAUGUGGGCGUGCUAUGAUUGUUAGGCCUACUAAGUUUUUCACCAAUGAUGGGCGCAGGGCAACCCAAGCUCUAAUGACAUGGAAUGUGACCUGCACAUACUCACAAUUUCUUGCUCAGAAGACUCCAACCUGUUGUGUAUCUCUCUCGUCAUUUUACAAUGACACAAUUGUGAACUGCCCAACAUGCUCUUGUGGCUGCCAAAACAAUGGGACUAGUCCUGGGAGCUGUGUAAA